CUCAGAUCCGUGUCCUCUUCUCUUUCUGUCGCUGUGACUGGCUGAGCCCCUCGCGGCAUUCUCUCUCUGCGAGACUGUUCCCUUCUUUCCCCCUCUUCUAUGGCACUCUUCCGAUGCCGCAAGUUUCUCUUUUGCUUGUCGUUGAGAAGCGGAGUUAUGGUACUGGCUCUGUUAGCCAUGUUGAUCAGCGGGCUGGGCGUAGGGGGUGCCGGUGUUGAACUCUCUUGGGUCAUUACACAGCACCAGGUCUCUCUUGCUCGGAAAAUAGCUAUCUUUUCUCAAGGAGCUGUGCUUACCCUUUUGUUUCUGUUGUCUUUGCUUGGGCUUAUUGCAGGAGUGCAUGCAGGACGGGGUGUGGUCUACAUUUAUAGCAAAAUGACCUUCAUUCAUGGCCCCUUCCUCCUUGCUGCUUUGGGCCUCACCCUUUUCACCACCUUCAAAGAACGAUCUACAAACACGAUCCCGUGUCUGAAUGGAUCAUCGAGCGCGAUCAUCAAACAGUUCUGCGACCAAGAACAGCUGUCCCUCGUGCUCAUCCUCCCAAUCGCUUUGCUGGGCGCUGCGUGCUUGAUCCAGUUCUAUUCGUGGGUCGUCGCGAUUAGCUACGGCGAAGCAUUUGGUGAGAGCGACAUGUCAAGCGUCGUGAUGAAAUAUGCUUCAAGCUCAGGGUCCGACCUCGAAUCUAUGAAAAACCCGAGCACGGCCCCGGAGAAUCCAUUUCAGCGGCUAAGAUGA